AUGGCAUUUACAAAGGAACGAGUCGAAUUCAACACGCAAGAUGGAACGACCCUACGCGGAAAUUUAACGUUGACUGGCGUACCAAACGCACCAGCUGUUAUCAUGAUUGCAGGGCUUACUUUUCUUAAGGAGCACGGCGGAGUUGAGAUUGCAGAAGCAUUUAACAAAGCGGGAUACGCUACACUGUUAUAUGAUCACCGACACUGGGGAUCCAGCGACGGGCUGCCACGGCAACAUGUCAAUCUCUUCCAACAGGCUGAGGACUUGUCAGACGCAAUUACCUACAUGGCCAAUCGGUCAGACAUUGAUGGCGAGCGUAUUGCCAUUUGGGGUCUUGGCCAUGGUGCAGGAGUCGUUGUGCAAGCAGGCGCUUACGAUAAACGUGCAAAGGCGGUUAUGGGAGUCUCUCCAUUCUUCUCUGGUGAGGUCGAUAUGCUCCGGUUUCCUCCUGGCGCUUAUCAAGAUGCGUGGGAAGAGCGAGUCGCUCGUAUUGGAAAUCCAAGCCUUGCGCAAAAGUAUGUGCCAAUUUUCGCGGAGUCAAUGGAGAUGGCGGAGAAGAGCCCACAGGCCAGCAUUAUUGGAAGCCCUCAAGGCUUUUUUCUGAGAUCAAUUUGCAAGCCACUCUCAGACGCCGCAGGGACGCCGUGGGAGAACAAGUUGACCCUAGAGAGUCUAUACUGGCAGAGCAAGUUCGAGCCCACUACAUCGAUACAUCUGAUCUCGCCUCGCCCUCUGUAUUGGGUCGCAACUGAUGCUCCACUGCUACCGAACUAUCAGGAUCAAGUCCGAGCAUUUCAGAAAGCGUUUGAGCCCAAACAGUUUCAUGGUUUCCGUAGCUUGGAGGAGUCUGCCGCAGGCCCGGCCUACGAGAAGAACCUUGAAGAGCAGGCGGAAUUUUUGAAGAAGUGGGUUUAA